AUGGCGGCAAUGGCUUUGCGACUCUCGUUGUUUGCUCUGCUAUCCUGUUUUGUCUGCUUCUCAUUCGCGCAGUCGGACGGUGAGAUUAUCUUUGGUAUUAGCGAUUUGGACCUGGGGUAUUUUGAGGAACAUGGCGACCUUCACCCCAAUGCCACCAACAUGCUAGUUAUCGACCACAAUUCCACUAGCCUUGCUGCACGCAAAAAUGAUCACGUCUGUAGUGCCAAUGUGGGCACGGAUUGGCAUGCUCGAUGCUACGGCUGGACGGGUGCCGUCGCAUCUGUUGGCAUCUUUGCUGUCGGUGUCGCCAACUUGUUGAAAAGUGCCUCUGACAAGCACGAGUGCGGUUACUACAUUGACAAUCACGGACCUUUGCAGGUUGCGAUCCAUGCGGAUGCUCCGAACUGCCACACAACUUCUCAAAAAGCCACGAUUGAGGGCGCCAUCACUAAAUGGAUCAACACGAACCUAAAAUACGGUUCGUGCAACGUGCAGUGUCUCCAUGUUGACCACUAUGGCAACUGGCACGGCUACAUUGCCUUUGGCGUAUUAGACGGCAACAUCAACCAGGCCCUGUCCAAGUGUAUUAGUGUCCACAAGACAGAACAAUGUGUUAGCGGCGGCAAAUACGACCGUGGCUAA